UGUGUACACUGUUAACCUUUGCUGUAUUUUUCACAGUAAAAUACCACAAAAUGCCCAGUAACUUACCUGAAAACAUUUCUACAGUUAAUUACUGUAAUUUGCUAUGCAUUAUGGGUAUAUUAAGGUUAUUUACAGUAACUUACUGUAUUUUUUAAAAUUGCGGUAGUAGUUAUACCUACCGUUAAAACAUUAGCAGUAGUGCUACUGUAUUAUGUGAUUUGAAUGGUUCAUCAUACUGUUUGUGUAUUUUUACUCUUUCAGUGGUUGGUUGCAAUAGUGCAUUACAUUUUAACUCUUGAACCCUGAACAAGAUUCACACUUCCUUUUAUUAAUUUUUGUACUUGCCACUAUUCUGUUGUUGGAUUUCACUUAGGCUGUUGCUGCUGUCUGUUUUUUUGUGUAAUUUUGUACUUGUGACAAGUAGUGAAUAAAGUUAUUUAAAAAAGACGCAGAAAGGCGAACUUCAGUCAGUGGAGAAUAUUGUAAUAAUUUGGCGGAGGCUUCUCAGUCGAGCAGUAACUGAAUUGCUCAUUUACUGAACGUGCAACAUGUACAGAACUCUUCUGGGAACUAGUCAACCCAACUUAGUGAAACACACACUGAAUGCAUGCUGGCCCCGCCCACGUACCUCUACCAACCACCACUCCAUAUCCUGACUGACAUGACCUGUGAUCCAGUGAUUGACAGGAGAGGAAAGACAGGCUAACUUUGUUAGCUCUUCGUUAGGAUAUGCUCGAGAGGACAAAAGAUUUUGCACCUCGUUAUUGUUGGACCUCUGUGUGGAAACAGCGAACGGGACGUCAUAAGUGUGGUGCAUUGCUGUCCUCCUGCCCUUGCUGGCCGCGCUGACAGUGUGAUGUAGCCUCAGUUCUUUGAGAGACAAGACAAAACAGCAGAUAUGGACAGUGGCAGCCUACGUCAUGAAAUUAACCUGGCAUUACCUGACCUGCAUGAAGAGACAAAGAGGGCAGUUAUUGAGCACCUGACAGACAUUAUUGGUGUCAGAAACAGAGAAGAUCUCCUGUUUGUUGAGCCUGAUGAUAUCAAGCCUUUCUUGACACCAAUUCAAAGUCGAAGACUUGUUCAAGUAUUCAGAAAAGUGGAGUCUGGCUCUUCAAACAACCCAAAGGAACCUGAAACCACCUGCUCAACAACUGUGCAAGUGCCACUACAGGCUAAUUCACUCUGUUCUGCACAAGCAUCAGGUCAACUCCCUUCCACACAACCAAAUGUAAGCAACACCUCCUGGAUCAGCAAUUUUUCAGUUCCCUGGGAGAAGAUGCCAACAAGACUUUCACAGGCCUUGGCAUCUGGUGGAAUGGCUCACCCAGAAGACAGGAGAAUAAUGAUUAGGACUGUUGUAGAAGAAAUGAGAGUACACUGCCCCAACCCUAACAGAGCUGCUUGUGGGGAGGUAGCUAGAGCUAUUGUAUCUAAGUAUCCCGCUACCUUUGCAGAUAAGACUGCAGAAGGUGAGCAAUUAGGCUGUGGUUAUUAUUCCCUACUCAAACAGCUUAAAACAAGAGUUGAACAUGUAAAUAGAGACAAUGUCAGCAGCAGAAUCCGGCAGCCAAGGAAAAGGUCUACCAGGGAAAACAAUGAGGGUGAUGUUGCCAUCAAAAGGGCGAGAUCUGAACUUGAUAGCUAUGGUUGCAUCAACUGGCAACCCACAACCCUACCAGAAGGAGAAACGACUGAAACUUUGGAGACAAAAAGACAGACUAUGUCAACUGUCUUCAGAUCAGCAGGUCCUCAAGCAAUUGAAACAACAGAUGUAAAUACUUAUAUGUCUUUGACUUAUAUUUACCAGAGGCACAUGCUUAAUUCUUGGCCUGCCCCCACCUUAUGUGAGGUUCAAGAGCACUGGCCAUUUCUUUUUACUAAAAGAGGCCUCUGCACUCACUUCCACACACUCACAGAUAUUGAGGUAGAUACACGUCUCAGUGAAGCCCUUCUUACGAAAGGAAGGAGAAUUUUGAACUUCUUUCAAAGCCAGAGACUUCAGUGGAACAAGGAGAUUGAACAUCUGCUACGUGAGUGCGACAGUGCAAAGCUGAACCACAACCAGAUCGCCACAGCAGCCAUCCUUCUUCUGAUGAAGUACUUCCAAGAAAAAGAGGACUCAAUCUUCAUCUUGGCUGAUGCUUUUUCCACCAAGAUGUCUGUUGAGAGAGAGAUGACCUUACCCAUCACACCAAGGGUAAUAGCGCUUGGGAAUAAUUUCAUGUCUGCAAGCCGCUGGAUGAUCAGUUUGGAGGGCAAGGUAUUUUAUGAGCCUGAGCAGAUGCAUGACUUUGCCAGCACCCUUGCUGUCUUCUUUGCGUCAUACUACGUUUUCAACCUUGAGUAUCAGGAGUCAGCGUCCAUCACACUGGAGAUGAUACAGAGGUUCUUUGUGAGGAUCAAUCCAGACAUGGGAACAAAAUGCCCUGCAAAACUUGGUACAAGCCGCAAGACAGGUCGUGUCGUAAAGAGGAAGGUUACAAGCGUCAGCCCUCGGAUCACCACCUUCCUCCAGCGGCUCUCUGAGUUUGAAUGGAGGACUUCCAACUAGGUGGUGAUGAAGACUACGCUGAACCUGACCAUCCUGGUAACGGAAAUCUAAAUCCCAUUUCACAUUCUAUUUCCUGGGACCCACUGAUAAUUAUUACAUUUUGUAAAUGAUUUUUGUUUUAUAAUUGUAAUAGUUUAUUUAAUGUUCAUGCUGGUGGGUUUGUCCUGUUUUUAGUGGAAUGAAAAACUGUUUUCCUUAAAAAAAAUCAGACACAGAAAGGUGAAGGACUGUGUAGUUUUCAUAUACGCUUCUAUUUAUUUUGGUUAUUGACAUUGUUUUUAUUCAGUCGAAAAAUGUUUUUCUUGUUAAAAUUUUUUUUAUCAACAAUAAAUGUUGGUUUAAUUCA